GCAUUUCUCAACUGCCAGACACACACAUAUAUAACAACACUAUCCUUUAUGAAGCAUUUCCAACAUCAGACAACAUUGACAUAACAGAAGAAACAUCCUCAACAUCUACCACGUUUCAAAGACUAAAAGAAAAUAUUGUACAAAACAGAUGUAUCAGAUUGUGUUUUACAAAUCUGUGGAUUUCUGUGAAACAUUUGCUCUGCAAUAGUAUUAUUUGUAAAAUUUCUGAACAUCACCGACUGGAGUGUCAAGAAGAGGGGCCUGUGUGUUGAUUAAAUGUUGCUAAACAAAGGUGACACUGGACAGAAAUACAACAGUAGAAGUGUAUAUAAGGAAUAAAGUGUAAAAAGAAACGGCACAAAAACAUAUAAAUUGGGAUUUGAGAGGAAAAAAUGGAAAAGAGUGAGAAAAGUGUAGAAUUGAUUUCCCCUGAACCCAAGACAAAAGAGAUGAGUUCAUACGAUUGUGAUAUCUGUAGAAAGUCCUUCCUUCAAAAAAGUGACCUAACUAUGCACAAACGUACUCAUAGAGGAGAGAAACCGUAUCGUUGUGACAUUUGUGGUAAAUCAUUCUCUUGCAGUAGUAAGUUAUCUACACACAAGCGUAUUCAUGCAGGCGAGAAACCAUAUCAUUGUGAUAUCUGUGGUAAACCAUACUCGUAUAAUAGUGCCUUAAUAUCACACAGACGUAUUCAUACGGGAGAGAGACCAUAUCAUUGUGAUAUCUGUGGUGAAUCUUUCUCUCAUAAUAAUACCUUAACUACGCAUAAACGUAUUCAUACAGGAGAGACACCAUAUCAUUGUGAUAUUUGUGGUAAACCCUUCUCUGCCAAUAGUGCCUUAGCAGCACACAAACGUAUUCAUACGGGAGAGAAGCCAUAUCAUUGUGAUAUCUGUGGUAAAUCAUUCUCUCUUAAUUCUGUCUUAACUGCACAUAAACGUAUUCAUACAGGAGACAAACCUUAUCAGUGUGAUGUCUGUGGUAAAUCAUUCUUUAACAUUUGCUAUGUAACAAAGCACAAACGUUCUCAUACGGGAGAGAAGCCAUAUCAUUGCGAUAUCUGUGGUAAAUCGUUCUUUCGUAGUAGUUACGUUACUGUGCACAAGCGUAUUCAUACAGGUGAGAAACCAUAUCCUUGUGACAUUUGUGGUAAAUUAUUCUCUUGCAGUAGUAAGUUAUCUACACACGUACGUUCACAUACAGGAGAGAAACCAUAUCAUUGUGAUAUCUGUGGUAAAUCAUUCUCUGAAAGUCAUGCCUUAACAAAACACAUGCGUAUUCAUACAGGAGAGAAGCCAUAUCACUGUGAUAUUUGUGGUAAACGGUUCUCUAGUAAAAGAUCCUUAACAUCACAUAAUCAUACUCACACAGGAAAGAAGCCACAUCAUUGUGAUAUUUGUGGUAAACCAUGCUCUAAUAAUAGUGCCUUAACAUCUCACAGACGUAUUCAUACUGGAGAGAAGCCAUAUCAUUGUGAUAUUUGUGGUAAAUCAUUCUCUCAUAGUAAUACAUUGAAGGGACACAAAUCCAUGCAUACAGGGGAAAAGCCAUUUCAUUGUGACAUCUGUGGUAAAUCAUUCUCUCUAAAUGGUGACUUAACAAAACACAGACGUAUUCAUACAGGAGGGAAGCCAUUUCAUUGUGAUAUUUGUGGUAAACCAUUCUCUGGCAAAGGUGGCUUAGCAACACACAAACGUAUUCAUACAGGAGAGAAACCAUAUCAUUGUGAUAUCUGUGGGAAAUCAUUCUCCCAAAGUAUUCACUUAACUAUACACACACGUAUUCAUACAGGAGAGAUGCCUUACCAUUGUGAUAUUUGUGGUAAACCAUGCUCUAAUAAUAGUGCUUUAACAUCACACAGACGUAUUCAUACGGGAGAGAAACCAUAUCAUUGUGAUAUCUGCGGUGAAUCCUUCUCUCAUAAUAAUAUCUUAACUACACAUAAACGUAUUCAUACAGGAGAGAAGCCCUAUCACUGUGAUAUCUGUGGUAAACACUUCUCUCACAAUAGUACCUUAACGAAACACAAAUAUAUUCAUACAGGUGAGAAACCAUAUCACUGUGAGAUCUGUGGUAAAUCAUUCUCUCAAAAUGGUAACUUAGUGAAACACAAAUAUAUUCAUACAAAGAAGAAAGGAAAAAGGUAGUUUCUGCAGUUUCUUGUUUGCUGUAGUGUAAUCCUUUAGAGGUUCCAUACCAGGUUUCAAUAUAUAAAAAACAGGAGCUGCAUGUGGACGUACGUGUGUGAAGUUUUUUGCUUUGUACCUUGACUUAAUGCUUGUGUUAAAUUUAGUGAUGAUCCAUAAGCCAGUAACACACAUCAUGAUAUUGAAUACACAAUAUUUGAUACUCCAUAUGAUAUUAGCAAGCAAGUGUUGCCAAAUUUGAAGGACAUUAAAAUGUGUUUCAUUUGAAUGAGAAAAAGAAAAAAAGACUUCAUUUGGAGACCUAAU